AUGAGAAAUGAACAGUAUGAUGGACCUGAGACUUACACGGGUAAUGCACAGUAUGAUGGACCAGAGACUUACAUGAGCAAUGCACAGUACGAAGGAACAAAGACUUACAUGGGCAAUGCACAGUAUGAUGGACCGGAGACUUACAUGGACAAUGCACAGUAUGAUGGACCAGAUACCUACAUGGGUAAUGCACAGUAUGAUGGACCAGAGACUUACAUGGACAAUGCACAGUAUGAUGGACCAGAUACCUACAUGGGUAAUGCACAGUAUGAUGGACCAGAGACUUACAUGGACAAUGCACAGAAUGAUGGACCGGAGACUUACAUGGACAAUGCACAGUUUAAUGGACCAGAGACUUACAUGGGUAAAUCACAUUAUGAUGGACGAGAGACUUACAUGGACAAUGCACAGAAUGAUGGACCAGAGACUUACAUGGGUAAUGCACAGUACGUUGGACGACAGACUUACAUGGGUAAUGCACAGUAUGAUGGACCAGAGUCAUGGACAAUGCACAGUAUGAUGGACCAGAGACUUACAUGGGUAAAGCACAGUAUGUUGGACGACAGACUUACAUGGGUAAUGCACAGUAUGAUGGACCAGAGACUUUCAUGGACAAUGCACAGUAUGAUGGACCUGAGACUUACAUAG